AUGACUGCCGUGACACUGCUAGCACUGCUGGCUUCUUCUAUCGCCGCUUUUGUUGCCUAUCGCCUGUAUCUAACCUACACGCUGCGACUCACGGCCCAACAGCAUGGAUGCCAACCCGCAGCUCGCUACAAGCAUAAGGACCCCUUAUUCGGUCUGGAUAUAUUUCUGCGAACCGGAGAUGCUAUCUCCAAGAACCAAUUCCUGGUCGAGCACCAACGGCGAUACGAUACAUAUGGUCAUACAUUUGAAAGCCUGAACUUCGGUUCGCAUGGCAUAUCCUCUAUCCACCCAGAAAACCUACGGGCAGUCUUCUCUAAAAAUGCUGCAGACUGGGGCGUUCAGCCUCUGCGACUACACAGUAUGAGCCCUUUCUGCGGCAUGGGAUUUAUCACGACUGACGGCUCUGACUGGAAGAUUUCCCACGGCCUACUCAAACCCGGCUUCCACAGGUCCAAUAUUUCUAAUUUUGGUCCCCUUGAAGAGCACCUCCAGAUCCUACUAGAACAGAUCCCAAAGGACGGCUCCAAGUUUGAUUUACAACCAUAUCUCUUAAGACUGUAUCUCGACUUAAAUACGCUUUUUCUGUUCGGGGAGCCUAUCGGAAUGCUUUCGGGCACGCCCCCAUCGCAUGCAAAAGGCUUUUUGGAUGCAUUCCAGGCGGGCUUCAAUGGCUGUGGAAUACGCAUCGCCCUGGGACCUCUGAGCUUCUUGAUGCCAAAGGGUUCCUGGCUCGAGGCAUGCGACAAGGUUCAUAAAUUCGCCGAUAUAUAUGUCGAUAGAGCUAUCGAGUACAGUAGCAAAAUCAACUCGGUCGAACAUAGCCAAGACAAUACAAAGCGACGCACUCUGCUUUUCAACAUGGCACAAGCGACUGCUGAUAGGACUGUUCUGCGGAACCAAAUAGUGCAGGCCAUGAUGGCAGCAACCGAAACAACCGCUUCUUUAAUUAGCCACGUUAUCCGUAACUUGGCCAGCAACCCUAUUAUAGCUGCCCAAGUGCGAGCUGAAAUUCUGACCGUAGGUGACAAGCCGCUAGAUUUCGACCAGUUACCGCGGAUCAGGUCCCUACAACAUGUCAUCACUGAGACUCUUCGUCUGUACCCCGUAUUUCCGCAGAUGAACCGCGUUGCUUUAAAAGACACAAUUUUACCUACCGGAGGAGGCUUAGACGGCACAGCUCCAGUGUUCGCGCCAGCCGGCACUCUAUUCGACACCUGCUUCGCUACGCUGCACCGCGAUCCGAAAGUCUGGGGUCCCAAUGCCAGUGAGUUUUGUCCCUCGCGCUGGGAAAACGAGUAUAGCCCUCCCCCGUUUACAUUCGUGCCAUUUGGAGCUGGACCGCGACAGUGCUUGGCUCAGCAAAAGGCGACUAUGGAGGCCUCGUAUAUAGUAUCGCGGAUAUUGCAAGAGUUUAGCGGAAUCAAGAGUGAAGACGAGAGACCUUAUCAGGCGCAGGUGGCUCUGACGGCAAAGAGCGCUCACGGGUGUCUUGUAUCGCUCACCUUAGCGACGGGAUAG